UGACCCGCCAGUGGGACCAUGUCGGCGCUGGAAUGGUUUGCGCACAAGUCCCUCGGCGGGGGCAUCUUCUGGAUCCAAGAGCGCUUCUACGAGUCGGGAAACCGGGCUAACAUCUGGCUAGUGCGGGGCUCGCAGCGGGACGUGGUGAUCGACGCGGGACUGGGGCUGCGCAGCCUUCCCGACUACCUGCGCGCCGCCGGGCUGCUGGCCCCGGCGGACGGGGCCGAGCCGCGACCGCUGCUGGCCGUAGCCACACACGUCCACUUCGACCACUCGGGCGGGCUGCAGCAUUUCGAGGAGGUGGCGGUGCACAGCGCCGAAGCUGCGGCCCUUCUCCGCGGAGAUAACUACGAGGCCGUCACCUGGCUGUCGGACCGGGAGGUGGCGCGGCCGCCGCGGCCCGGCUGGCGGGCUCGGCAUUUCCGCGUCCCGCCCGUCCGGCCCAGCCGCCUGCUGCAGGAGGGGGACGAGAUCAGCCUUGGAGACCGACAGCUUACUGUCAUGCACAUGCCUGGUCAUUCCAGAGGCAGCAUUUGCUUACACGACAAAGAACGGAAGAUUCUGUUCAGCGGGGAUGUGGUGUAUGAUGGAUCCAUGAUUGACUGGCUUCCCUACAGCAAAAUCAGUGACUAUGUUGCAAGCUGCCAGCGCCUCUUGGAGUUAGUGGACAAAGGUCUCGUGGAGAAGGUACUUCCUGGGCACUUCAACAUCUUUGGGGCAGAAAGGCUGUAUCGGUUAGCUUCCAACUACAUUUCCCAAGCUGGGAUCUGUCACAAGGUUUCUACUUGUGCCAUGAAGUCCAUUGCAAGCAUAGCACUUCGCAUUACAAAUCCCAGAGUCACUUCUUAGUGUUUCUGAGAGUGUUUUAUGUGAUCUGCUCACUGUUGAAAAACCAAAUGGCUUGUGAAAACGUUGAUACAGGCAAAAGCAAUAUGCCUUAGUUAAAAGCUGGCAGAUUGAUACAGAUGAGCUGCAAAAGUUCUACUUUAUUCCUACUUUUAUAAAAAGUGUGUCAGCUGGUCGCUUCAGCCCAAGCUGCUGGUUUUCUGUCUAUUUCAGGGCAUAUUUGCACACAUACUGGGAUUGAAAUAUAUUGUUUAAUUUUGUUAUGAUUCUGACGGGUGCACAUAUGCCAAAACAAGAGGUUUCACAUUCAUGCCUGAAAUCUUGUUGAUGUAGCUCUAGACUUGUGACCAUCCACGCAACUCCUGCUCAGGUUUUGGCGUAACACAGCCUGUUCCAAGAGCUGGUGUGUGCUGGUGGGAGCAGCACAUGCAUGGGGCUCGUUGGGCAGAAAGAGGAGAAGGACAUCCUGCAGCCAUUGUCACCUCCUUAGCAUGUGCUGCACUCCUGCAUCUUUGCAGAGUAGCUGUCUGGCAGUGUCUUUAGAAUCCACUAACAUACAGACAUGCUGCAGACCAGACUUCCAAGUUGGAAGAUACAUCAGCUUACCUCAAAAGCUUCUGAUGCAGAUCUAGCAUCAGAUGGACUGUUGAGGCUAUCAUGCCUCCCAGUGGGGUGCAGGGAAUGCCUGUGCCUUGAUGAAGGAGCAGGAAGGAGCGCUCUUGCUGUCGGCUAGGGAACUGUUUGGUUAUAGAUGUGCAAGUUAGGAAUUGGAGUAUUUGUAAGCUAAUGCAUUAAUGUGUUAAACUAGCCUGUACAAAGUGGCUUGAGCCUUUGCUUGACAUGUUUGGGUUUUUUCUGAUGAGCUCAUUAAAAAAUAGAAUUACUUACAGAGUAUGUUUUUCUGUAAAUUUGAGCAAACUGGACUGUGACAAACUUAAAGGCUUUCUUUGCAAGUAAAAGUAUUUUUAUGUGACUGGAUUGUAACUCGGUUUUUAAUGCUCUGUGGUAGGGAAAAGAGAGAGGCUUUACCAUUAUCUUGCCCUACUGCAGGUGCUAGAUUAAACAGCCCGUAUGCUUGUUACCAUGAAGUGAAUGUAGCUUGAGCUGUUCACUGUUUGCUUAUAAAGUGUUUGCUGCAUAUGUUUUAUAUUAAAAGUGCAUUGCAUUUGAGUCUGUUCCAAAAAAAGUUGUAUACAGUGAGAAAUGCUAAAUGACAUUGUAACUUGCUUAUGAAAAUUGAAUGUGUGAUACUUAAAAGCUGUUGAAAUGGGUAGAGUUUGUGUAAUUAUUCUAACAGUAUAUUUAACUUUUUUAAAAGGACACUAUCUGAUGUUAUUUUUGUAUAUAGACAUAUAUACUUUACUAAAAAGAGAGCGGAAGUUUUCCCCAAAUUUUAGUGCAGUUUAAACCUUAUUUGUUUUACUUUCUCUUUAUGGCGAAGCUUCCUCCCCACCCCUCAUCAUGCCCGCAGAGAUGGAGUCCAAAGACUGGGCUCCAUCUGAGGCAUGGGGGAGUGGAAUUCGAAGCCUUCUUAACUGCUGCGAAUUCUGGUGGAAAACAGCAAUUACAAAAUAAAAAGUAUCUCUGCAAAAAAUAUGAAAGAAAAUAUCUUACUUCUUGCUUUUCUCCUUUCAUAGAUCACAGCACUCCUGCCUUUACUAUUUGCAUGUAUUCUUCACCAGGAUUUGUACUGAUAGGUUGUGCCUAGCUCUUGUUAGCAGUGCCUGUCUCCAGGCUGAAGCACAGUGGCAAGUGGGCAGAUCAGGUACAGCAAUGCAGUGCUUGAAAGACCUGCUAUCACUUGUAUCAUUGUCUUUUUUUUUUGAGAAACCCAAAAAUGUCAGUGUAUUUCAUGAGGGAGUGUUUAAUCAGCAGGUACAAUUCUGUCAUAAAUGAAGCCAAGAGCUUUUUGUCUUGGCUCAUUUGGCCAUAGGAAGAAACACAAAAAGCCUGGGAAGCAAAACAGCUGUUCAGUGAAGAGGCCCAAAACAAACUCCACAGUGUGGUUUUCCUUUUUAGCCUGCUGAUACAUGCUGCUAUUCACACAGCAGUCCAGGCACUGUUCUGGGUAGCCAAGGGUUCACGGUGGCCAAUCACAGAUCUGAGGUGGCUGAAGUCAGAGUUGCCAAAGAAACACACAACACUGAAGCUUACACCAGUUACCCAGAUGAAGCUGUGGUGUCACAGGUUACCCAACAAUAAUUAAAUUCCUUCAAAUCAGCCAUCUGUGGCAUAAUGCCAGUAGUCAUCUUGCUCUAUCAGGAAGGCUGUAGGAGCACUAGCGCUAAGCUCUGUGCAGUAACACAGAGAGUCCUCUUCUGUCCCAAAGCCUGCCAGCUGCUAAAAUUUUGGAAAUGUUCAUUAGGACAGUGAGAGCAUGUUGAACUAACAUUUUGUGUUAUAUAGCCAUUGGUUUAUUUUAUUCAAUAUUGAUAGCCUUGAAACCUUUCUGAGCUCUUAAGAGAAGGCUCACAGGCAUGCCAAUUUAAAAGAGAAGAUAUCCUUCAUAAUUCCUUUAAACCUGUGCUCAAUAUCAGGCACAAGAUCCUCACAUGUCAAAAUGCCCUAUUAAGGCAUGCUUAAGUCCAUUAAGUAUAUGUAGAUAACAGCAAUUGCUUGGUUUUUUUUUUUUUUUACUUUGACCAAAAUCUAGGAAUGAUUUCCUAGCUCAAAAUUAUGCUUUACUUGAACAUAGCCCAAAAUGGAGAGUAAACUGCUGCUAUGAUCCCAUUGAAAGUAGUUUUUGAAGGCCCCAGAAUUAUUUUUGUGUUGUAAGAAAUAUACUACUAGGUCAAUGAUAUAUCUUAAGUGUAAAGAACUGUCUGUGACUAUUGUUAAGAAUUAGCCAAGUUUUAAGAGUUUGACAGUAGCCUUGUAACACUACUUGGGUUGAAUAUUUAAAACAUACAUUGUAAGUUUAAAUAUUGCAACAUCUUGGGUAUUAGAAAUUUGUUGAUUUACUUGUAAAAUCUAAAUGUAUGGGAAGUUUUGCUCCAUAAUGUUGAUGUGAUGUUAAACAGUUGACACAUAAAAAUUAUUUUAUCAUAAUUAAUCAUAAUAAAAAAGUUAUAAUCCUGUGC